AUGCAUCGCAGUAGCAUACGGAACCAUAUUGGAACAGCUGCUGGGAACUGGUUACUGUUGUUAAGUAAAUAUUAAUUAAACUGCGUUUGGAUCGGGAUUUAUAUUAAUUUAUUUUUUUCUUGUACUUGGAUAUUAGAGAACAGCAAGCAAGAUGCCGCGGAUUAUGAUUAAAGGUGGUGUCUGGAGAAACACAGAGGAUGAAAUCCUUAAAGCAGCUGUAAUGAAAUAUGGCAAAAACCAGUGGUCUCGAAUUGCUUCCUUGCUGCAUCGUAAAUCUGCCAAACAGUGCAAAGCAAGAUGGUAUGAAUGGCUGGAUCCAAGCAUUAAAAAAACAGAAUGGUCCCGUGAAGAGGAGGAGAAGUUGCUUCAUCUUGCCAAGUUAAUGCCAACACAGUGGAGAACUAUUGCACCAAUUAUUGGGAGAACAGCUGCCCAGUGUUUGGAACAUUAUGAAUUCUUGCUAGACAAAGCUGCCCAGAGAGACAAUGAAGAAGAAAGUGCAGAUGAUCCACGGAAACUCAAGCCUGGAGAAAUUGACCCAAACCCAGAAACAAAGCCUGCCAGACCAGAUCCAGUUGAUAUGGAUGAAGAUGAACUUGAGAUGCUUUCUGAAGCAAGGGCACGUCUGGCCAAUACUCAGGGUAAAAAAGCCAAGAGAAAAGCAAGAGAAAAACAGUUAGAAGAAGCUAGACGCCUUGCCGCACUUCAGAAAAGGAGGGAACUUCGAGCUGCUGGUAUAGAAAUACAGAAAAAAAGGAAAAAGAAAAGGGGAGUGGAUUACAAUGCAGAAAUUCCUUUUGAAAAGAAACCUGCUCCUGGUUUCUAUGAUACUGCUGAUGAGAACUAUCAAGGCUUGGAUCCAGAUUUCAAGAGGCUUCGUCAGCAGCACCUUGAUGGAGAGUUGAGAUCGGAGAAAGAAGAAAGAGAUCAGAAGAAGGAUAAACAGAAUCUUAAGAGAAAGAAAGAAUCUGAUUUACCAUCCGCUAUUCUUCAGACCAGUGGAGUGUCAGAAUUCACAAAAAAGAGGAGCAAGCUAGUGCUUCCUGCACCACAAAUUUCAGAUGCCGAGCUUGAAGAAGUAGUUAAGAUUGGCCAUGCAAGUGAGCUUGCACGUCAGACUGCAGAGGAAUCUGGUAUUAUGAAUUCUGCUUCAAGUGCACUUCUGUCUGAGUAUAAUGUAACAAAUAACAGCAUUGGCCUUAGGACUCCUAAAACACCUGCAUCCCAAGAUAGAAUUUUACAGGAAGCGCAGAACUUGAUGGCACUAACAAAUGUUGACACACCUCUGAAAGGUGGCCUGAAUACACCGCUUCAUGAAAGUGAUUUCUCAGGAGUAACACCACAAAGACAGAUUGUACAGACUCCUAACACAGUGCUUGCUACACCAUUCAGAACUCCAACACAUGGAACAGAUGGCCUCACUCCUCAUGGUGGGCUGACGCCUAAACCAGCUGUCACUGUGACCCCUGGUCGAACUCCAUUACGAGAUAAGUUGAACAUCAACACUGAAGGUGUAAUGGUGGAUUUUACUGACCCUUCCUAUAUGAAACAACUUGAAAGAGAGAAUCGUGAGCAUUUACGACAAGGUCUGAUGAAUCUUCCAGUUCCCAAAAAUGAUUUUGAGAUUGUACUACCUGAGAAUGCAGAGAAAGAACUUGAAGAACAAGAGACGGAAGAAGGUUUUGUGGAAGAUGCUGCUGAUGUGGAUUCUCAUAAGCAGGCAAUUCGGGAUGCAGAACGUGAAAAAGAAAUGAAGCAAAGACAUACUGCUAUACAGAAAGAUUUGCCAAGACCAACAGAUGUAAAUGAUACUGUACUAAGGCCUUUGAAUAUGGAACCUCCACUAACUGACCUGCAAAGGAGUGAAGAGAUAAUUAAGAGAGAGAUGAUUGUAAUGUUACAUUAUGAUAUCCUGCAUCACCCAUACACUGAACCAUCUGACGACAUGAAGGGGAAAGGAUCAGGCUUGGUACCAAACAGUGCAGAACAUGUUGCAUUCUUGGAGCAGAACCCAUAUCAGAUAGUCUCAGAAGAAGACCUAACGAGGGCAGAUGCUUUACUAGCACAGGAGAUGGAGGUGGUAAAACAAGGUAUGGGGCAUGGCGAACUGUCCAUAGAAGCCUAUAACCAGGUGUGGGAAGAAUGCUACAGCCAAGUUUUAUAUCUACCUGGACAGAAUCGAUAUACUCGAGCAAACCUUGCCAGCAAGAAAGAUAGGAUUGAGUCACUGGAAAAGAGACUGGAGGUUAACAGAGGCCACAUGACAACAGAAGCUAAAAGAGCAGCAAGGAUGGAGAAAAGGCUUAAGAUUUUACUGGGUGGUUACCAGUCACGAGCAAUGGGACUCAUCAAACAGCUUAAUGAUUUAUGGGAUCAGAUUGAACAGGCUCAUCUUGAACUCCGAACAUUUGAUGAACUAAAGAAGCAUGAAGACGUUGCUAUUCCAAGGAGACAAGAGUCUCUGAGAGAAGAUGUUCAGCGUCAACAGGAGAGAGAGAAGGAGCUCCAGCAAAGAUUUGCAGACCUUGUACUUGAGAAAGAGACUUUUCAAACAAAAUUCAUGAGCUGAUUCAGUGAAAAACUUUGGACAGAGUAAUACACUGAAUAUAGUGGAAAGAUGCAUCUUUGCCCUUGAGAUGCAGCACUUUUGAACUGUUCGGGCAAAAUAUUGUUUUAACCAUGGAGCAAGUUUUCAUUUUUUGACGUAGCGAUACAGAUCUUUGGAACUGUUCUCCUCAAGACUGUUUCCCAGCAGGACUGACAGUAUAUUAAUGUAGGUGAAAAAAGUACAAAGCAUUCCACAGGCUUUCAUCAAAAAAUGAUUAACCUGGUACACAAUGUGGACUUUUUUCUUUGGACCUUUUUUAAAUACAAUACAUAAAAUACAGACAUUGCACAGGUUUUGCUCUUCAUCUGUAUAGAUAUGUUUUGCUUGAAUCUGAAGUGUCAAAAGUGAUGGAUUGUGCUGUGUUAAAGUUCUGUAUUAUUUUAAUAAACCCAUAUAUCCAUAUA